AUGUCUGGACCCGAAGUGCAUCACCUCUUCCACCAUCCCAUCGCCGACCACUCCUUCUCCGCCGACCGUCAGACCCUCGCAGUCGCACGAGACAACAAUGUCGAGCUGUACCACCGGUCAGGCCCGAAAUUCGUGCUGAAAGAUGAGCUCAAGGGCCAUGACAAGACGGUGACGGGCGUGGAUAUCGCCCCAAACAGCGGCAUGAUCGUCACUUGCUCGCAGGACCGAAAUGCUUACGUAUGGGAGCCUUCGCCCACGGGCUGGAAACCGACCCUGGUGCUACUUCGUAUCAACCGCGCCGCGACGUUUGUGCGGUGGUCGCCAUCGGAGAAGAAAUUCGCCGUUGGCUCCGGAGCGCGGGUGAUUGCGGUCUGCUACUUUGAAGAGGAGAAUGACUGGUGGGUGUCGAAGCACCUGAAGAAGCCGAUCCGCAGCACCAUCACCACGGUGGCCUGGCACCCGAAUUCGGUGCUGCUGGCAGCCGGAUCGACCGACUCGCACGCGCGUGUGUUUUCCGGCUUCAUCAAAGGCAUCGACGCUCGGCCUGAGCCCAGCGUCUGGGGCGAGCGUCUGCCCUUCAACACGGUCUGUGGCGAAUACCUCAACGAUUCGGCCGGCUGGGUCCAUGCCAUUUCGUUCUCGCCCAGCGGGGACGCCCUGGCUUUCGCCGCCCACGACAGCAGUAUCACGGUCGUCUAUCCCUCCGGGCCCGAGCAGCCGCCGCGUGCCAUGGUCAACAUCUCGGUGCAGACCUUGCCUUUCACCAGCCUGAUCUGGAACGGCGAGGCGGAAAUCAUUGCGGCGGGCUAUGACUGCGAGGCUUUCCGCUUCCGCGGAGGCGAGAAUGGCUGGGACUUGGCCGGUAGCAUCGAGACCAAACAUCGGCCAGGCCUGGCUUCCGCACGCGAGGAGUCGGCGUUGCACAUGUUUCGCCAGAUGGAUCUCAAGGGCAAAGUCAAGGACGACACCCAGCUGAACACUACGCACCAGAAUACCAUCAACACCGUCCGCGUCUAUGAAGGAUCCGCCGGUGCCGUGAGCAAGUUCAGCACCAGUGGUGUUGAUGGCAGAGUGGUCGUUUGGACUCUAUAA